UACACUCAUAUUUUUUUAAUGCAGUGUCAAAGAAGUGGUUGGAGACGCAUAUGUGGCAUACAAAAAGAAUGAAGAUGGUCAGUAUGUGGGGUUAUAGAAUUGCAUCAAAGCCAAACACGAAAUCAGCUAGAACCAUAUACAAAUCUUUCACAAGAUUAUGCAUUGCCCACGAUGCGUCGUACAUGGCAUGUGCUGAGUUAAGAGGCGAGUUUAAUGAAAUCUGUGAAGCAAUGAACUCAAUUACAGAUCUGGCUUUACCUUCAGUAGCAAGCGAAAGGUAUAUUAAAGGUACUCGUAUUGGACACUCAAAUCUCUACGAACACUUGGGUUACCCUUCCAAACUGAUCUGUCCGAUAACAUUCUUAUGGAAGCCGUCAAGAGAUGCACUCUGGAUAUGGAUUCAUCCCUCAGCCUAUCAAGAAGCAAUUCACUUUAUUGAAAAGUCGAUUAGUGAACAGAGCUUGGCUGUACAAUUAAUUGAUCUAAGGCAAGAAAUCUUGAGAUUUGAGCUCGUGGGACCGCGUUCAACAGCUUUACUUCAAGCCAUUUUGGAUCCAGUAACAAAAGAAGGAUGUAAAGGAAACGAACUAUGGAAAGACCUUCAUUCACUUCGCUCUUCUUCUUCUUUAUCGCCUGGAUGCGUCAUAGGCCUUCUUGUGAACGAUCCUCGUUUAAAGUUUCCUCAAAAGGUGCCUCCUCGCACAAACGAAAUGUCAGAUCGAGAUCGAAAAAGGAUACAGUCAGUCAUCGCACAUUGGCCUGAACAUGUCGCUGAUUCUGACAUUUGGAACGCCGAGCUACGAAAAGCACUAACGGAAAAAAAGGUUGCAGAAUAUGGGCUCAAUCUGCGCCGACAAAAGAACCUUGUACCAGGCACAAAGCUUGAACCAACGCCCGAAGACAGCCAGAUUCCAUUGCUCCUCUUCCAGCGAGGCACCCCUGUCUGUCAAAAGACAGGCGUCAUUACCAAUCAACCCCUGACAUCGUCCGAGCUUACCGAAGGCUGGACGCUUAUCUUACCUCGUGGCUGGGGUAUGGCGUUUUGGAAAUCGUUGGUGUUUGCAGGUGCCCGUGUUGCUGGGUUUGAGGAUAUGCAUGCGAUGCAUUUUGAGUCGGGGAUUCCUUACUUCCCAUAUGACUUCCCUGGAACACGCGCGUUUGAAGUUCAGAGACAAAUAGCCAAGCAGGAAGCGGAGGACAAGUGGAGUAAGAAGCCUCCAGCCAAGCGUGUGAGCUUUGUCAAGCGUGGCGUUGAUUAUCCGUUUGAAUGCGCGUUUGAAAGCCUAUCGUGUCGUGAUUAUAUGGCGAUAGAUCAGGAUGGACCUCUGACCCCUCGUCCUGUUUAUUCUUUAUUGCAAGGUGCUCCCCUUGUUACAGCCACUUUGUCCAAUAAUGAUCAACUGAAUGGAAUCUUGCGAAAGUUAGUUGCGAAUCGUAAGCUGGAUUUGUCGAUACCUGAGCUCAUGCCAGAUGAAAUGUUACUCAAGAUCCGAUUGAAGUACAUUGACCGUGGUAAGCCUGCACCCAAUGCUAUGGUUUAUCUUGUGGAAGACAAGGAUAUGUAUGAGCAUUUUACUCGUCAUAUUCGAACUGGAUCAGCUUCAUUACGCACCAAGAGAAAGUUGAAUGAAAUGUUGGAAGGUGAAAUGAAUGAUGAAAAGAUAUCCAAUUAUAUCCCUCUUAAGUCGCAGCAUAUUGGAUAUAUCACCCGUGGCAAUUUCUCGUUCAGUCUCGGUUAUGGUUUCGGCAUUGGUGCAUGCACAGUGAGUGGCUUAAGGAGACUGACAUUAAUUGAUUCAGAACAAAGUCGAUCUGUGAAAAUGCUUGUCGUAGUAAGAAAUACGACUUCGCUUAAAGCAAGACCAGCUCAACUAGAAGUGUUGGCAUAGUUCCUUCUUUUUGUAAUAUAUCUUGAUAGAAUAAAGAAACAUAAAAGCUUAUAGUAGUGUUUUAUUAAAAAAUUAGUAAAUGAUUAAUUAUAAAGAUGUAACUUUUUUAUAAUAAAGAAAUGGC